GCGAACAGGUGCGCUGCGGCGCCGUCGGCGGCGGCAGUGGGCUCCGGCGCGUGUCGGGGCACCGUGGUACGCCAUCUCGCCGUGGUGGACAAGGCCAUGGUGGACAAAGCCAUGGCGCCUUCGGUACAGGUGCCUCCCGGGGUGUCUGCAGCCGGCCGCGCGCCGCCGCAGGUCGCCGAGGCGAAAUACGAAUACCAGCAGAUGUGCCGCGCUGUCAGCUCCAGGACCGAGCAUCGCGACGGAGCCAGAGCCGCCCCCCCUCGUCAAGGCGAGCACGUCUCCGCUGCUCCUCGAGAAGGCGAGCCGCCCCGGGGAGCGCUUCGCCUGCGGCGGCGAGCUGGCGGGCCAGACCCGCAAGCUGGUCUCCGUCGUGGCGCCCGGGGGCGGCACCUUCGCGAACGGGGCGGCCUACGCCGAGCUGGCCGGCAGCUCGCGCCUGAGGACGGGGUCGAGAUCCUGGGCCGGGCGCGGGCCGAAUACGACCGCUACCCGGAGGCAUCCCGCGUGCCUUCCCGCCCCGAACCUCGAGAGCUUCGCGGGGGACAUGCUUGCGCAGGGCGUUUUGGAGAAGAUCGAUUGCCUGGUCGUCGGCUCGAGGUUCUAG